GGCCAGGCGGGGGUGGGCGCUCACGCAUCCCGGGCACACGCCCAUCAUGUGGCCGCCCUCAUGGGAGGGGCUCCGAGGAUGACUUUAAAGAUGCAGAGAAAGGCUCCAUUCUUCCCAGGACCUCAGUCCAACCCUGGCCCAGGGAAGCAGGAGGCAGGCAGAGGUCUCAGAGGCCAGGAGGGGCCAGAGGUAUGGAGAUGUCCUGGGGACCUGAGCGGCCUCUAGGGAAGAGGCAAGGAGGGAGCUGAGGACCAGGUUUGUCCGAAUUGGUUGUGAGAUGCCCUGAUGUCAGAGGGUUCAUGCUAGGAAGUGUCGACUGGCUCGGACAUGCCCAAGCUGGCCGGUCCAGGAGGGAGAGGGUGAGUGUGAGGGCAGAUCUGGGGGGUGCCCGGAUGGAAUGAGGCAGGCAUGGGGGACACCCAAGGCUCCCCAGCAGCACCAUGAGCUGAGCAGGACACCUGCAGGGGGAGAACUGUGGGGACCUGGGAGCCUCCAACGACCCCUUCCUGCUUCCUGGACGGGACUAUGCCUAUGCAGGGAGCUCAGAGGAAACUCCUGGGGUCCCUCAACUCCACCCCCACAGCCACCUCCAACCUGGGGCUGGCUGCUAACCACACAGGAGCCCCAUGCCUGGAGGUGUCCAUCCCCGACGGGCUCUUCCUCAGCCUGGGGCUGGUGAGCUUGGUGGAGAAUAUGCUGGUCGUGGCCGCCAUCGCUAAGAACCGCAACCUGCACUCGCCCAUGUACUGCUUCAUCUGCUGCCUGGCCCUAUCGGACCUGCUGGUGAGCGGCAGCAACAUGCUGGAGACGGCCGUCGUCGUCCUGCUGGAGGCUGGCGCGCUGGCGACCCGGGCCUCGGUGGUCCAGCAGCUGCACAACACCAUCGACGUGCUCACCUAUAGCUCCAUGCUGUGCAGCCUCUGCUUCGUGGGCGCCAUCGCUGUGGACCGUUACAUCUCCAUCUUCUACGCACUGCGCUACCACAGCAUCAUGACGCUGCCGCGGGUGCAGAGAGUGAUCGCGGCCAUCUGGGUGGCCAGUGUCACCUCCAGCACACUCUUCAUCACCUACUACGAACACGUGGUCGCCCUGCUGUGCCUUGUGGUCUUCCUGACCAUGCUAGUGCUCAUGGCUGUGCUGUACGUCCACAUGCUGGCCCGGGCCUGCCAGCAUGCCCAGGGCAUCACCCGGCUCCACAAGAGACAGCCGCCAGCCCACCAGGGCUUUGGCCUCAGAGGUGCUGCCACCCUCACCAUCCUGCUGGGCAUCUUCUUUCUCUGCUGGGGCCCCUUCUUCCUGCAUCUCACACUGGUCGUCUUCUGCCCUCAGCACCUGACCUGCAGCUGUAUCUUCAAGAACUUCAAGGUCUUUCUGACCCUCAUCAUCUGCAACACCAUCAUCGACCCCCUCAUCUACGCUUUCCGCAGCCAGGAGCUCUGCAGGACGCUCAAGGAGGUGCUGCUGUGCUCCUGGUGCGCACGGACCUGUGCCCUCGUCAGCUGGGACAUGAAGUCUCUGGGUGGAAAUGUGUGCCAAGAGCCUCUGCGAGGGAGUCUGCUCCCACCACAGUCCCAGGAGAAGGGGCUUUGUGACCACUUAGCCACAGCCAUGCAGCAGCUCCUGCAGCAGGAAUUCUGGGAAGUCAUCAGUGAUGAGCAUGGCAUAGACCCCAGUGGCAACUACGUGGGCGACUCUGACUUGCAGCUGGAGCGGAUCAGCGUCUACUACAAUGAGGCAUCUUGUGAGUGCCUGCCCCAGCCUCCCUUGGGGCCUCCUUUACAGAAGAGAGAACGGGCAUGGGGCUGGAGUCUGGACUGCAGAGCCCCUGACCCUGUCUGCUACCCCUCUUCUCCCUGCAUAGGUCAGAGUGGGGCCGGCAACAACUGGGCCAAGGGCCACUACACGGAGGGCGCGGAGCUGGUGGAUUCGGUCCUGGACGUCGUGAGGAAGGAGUGUGAAAACUGCGACUGUCUGCAGGGCUUCCAGCUGACCCACUCGCUGGGGGGCGGCACGGGGUCCGGGAUGGGCACGCUGCUCAUCAGCAAGGUGCGUGAGGAGUACCCUGACCGCAUCAUGAACACCUUCAGCGUGGUGCCCUCGCCCAAAGUGUCUGACACGGUGGUGGAGCCCUACAACGCCACGCUGUCCAUCCACCAGCUGGUGGAGAACACAGAUGAGACCUACUGCAUCGACAACGAGGCGCUCUACGACAUCUGCUUCCGCACCCUCAAGCUGGCCACGCCCACCUACGGGGACCUCAACCACCUGGUGUCGGCCACCAUGAGCGGGGUGACCACCUCACUGCGCUUCCCAGGCCAGCUCAACGCCGACCUGCGCAAGCUGGCGGUGAACAUGGUGCCCUUCCCCCGCCUGCACUUCUUCAUGCCCGGCUUUGCGCCCCUCACGGCCCGGGGCAGCCAGCAGUACCGGGCCCUGACCGUGCCCGAGCUCACCCAGCAGAUGUUUGACGCCAAGAACAUGAUGGCCGCCUGUGACCCACGCCACGGCCGCUACCUGACCGUGGCCACUGUGUUCCGGGGCCGCAUGUCCAUGAAGGAGGUGGACGAGCAGAUGCUGGCCAUCCAGAGCAAGAACAGCAGCUACUUCGUGGAGUGGAUCCCCAACAACGUGAAGGUGGCCGUGUGCGACAUCCCACCCCGCGGCCUCAAGAUGUCCUCCACCUUCAUCGGCAACAGCACCGCCAUCCAGGAGCUGUUCAAGCGCAUCUCCGAGCAGUUCACGGCCAUGUUCCGGCGCAAGGCCUUCCUGCACUGGUACACGGGCGAGGGCAUGGACGAGAUGGAGUUCACCGAGGCCGAGAGCAACAUGAACGACCUGGUGUCCGAGUACCAGCAGUACCAGGACGCCACGGCCGAGGAGGAGGGCGAGAUGUACGAAGACGAGGACGAGGAGUCGGAGGCCCAGGGCCCGAAGUGAAGCUGCUUGCGGCUGGCGUGAGGGGCAGGCGGCGGCCUGGGCCAAGGCCAGCAGUGCCUGACCCCCAGAGCCAUCUUGCUGCCACCACCGUCCCCUGCUACCCCCCACCCUCGGGCUCCUGCGCGCCUCCUGCAGUAUUUACGGCCUCAUCUUCCCCACCCAGGCCACCUGCGUGCUGCUCCUGUCUCUGUCUUAUUGCAGCUCCUGGCCUGAUGUUUUAUGGUUUUGUUUUUUACUGGUUUGCGUUUAUAUUUUUGGGGAUACUUAAUAAAUCUAUUGCUGUCAGAUA